AUGAUCUCCGCCUUCUUCAUCUUCAACCUAAAAGGAGAAGUGCUCAUCUCGCGUCUCUUUCGCAACGAUCUCCGACGAUCGAUCGCAGACAUCUUUCGUAUCCAAGUGGUGUCGAACGCAGACGUUCGUUCUCCCAUCAUCACUCUCGGUUCCACAUCCUUCUUCCACGUUCGUCACGAAAACCUCUACAUUGUCGCCGUCACCAAGUGCAACGCCAACGCCGCACUCGUCUUUGAAUUUUGCUAUCGGGUGAUCAGCAUCGGACGAUCGUAUUUCGGUGGGAAAUUGGACGAAGAGGCGGUGAAAAACAACUUUGUUCUCAUCUACGAACUUCUUGACGAGAUCCUCGAUUUUGGUUAUCCUCAAAACUCAGAGAUCGAGACACUCAAGAUGUACAUUACUACCGAAGGAGUCAAGUCGGAACAAGCGGUACGAGAGGAUUCCAGCAAAAUCACAAUUCAAGCUACGGGUGCGACAAGUUGGAGAAGAGCAGAUGUAAAGUAUCGAAAGAACGAAGCAUUUGUCGAUGUUGUCGAGACGGUGAACCUGUUGAUGAGCAACAAAGGAACCAUUCUACGCGCGGAUGUGGAUGGAGCAAUCCUGAUGAGAGCCUAUCUUAGCGGUAUGCCAGAAUGUCGUUUCGGCCUAAACGACAAACUAGUGCUGGAAAAAAACGACAAGAACAAAGGCAAAGUAGAUGCGGUAGAACUGGACGAUUGUCAAUUCCACCAAUGCGUCAAGUUGUCAAAGUACGACAGCGACCGUUCCAUCUCCUUCAUCCCGCCGGACGGAGAAUUCGAACUGAUGCGCUAUCGUUCGACAAGCAACAUCAACCUGCCCUUUAAAGUGCAUGCUAUUGUAGAAGAACUCUCCAAAUCCAAAGUCGAAUACACGCUCAACCUAAAGGCCAACUUUGAUUGCAAGCUCAACGCAACCAACGUCGUCCUGCGAAUCCCAACCCCGUUGAAUGCAAGUACGGUCAAGUGUCAGGUUAGUAUGGGAAAAGCAAAAUACGUGCCAGCAGAGAAUCACAUAGUGUGGAAGAUAGCCAGAAUCCAAGGCGGGGGGGAAGCAAGGUUUGGUGCAGAUGCAGAGCUGAGCAGCACCACCCUCAGGAAGGCUUGGAGUAGGCCGCCGAUAGAGGUGGAUUUUCAGGUUUUGAUGUUUACAAGUUCAGGCUUGUUGGUAAGGUAUCUGAAGGUUUUCGAGAAAAGCAAUUAUCAGAGUGUCAAAUGGGUUAGGUAUUUGACUAGGAGUAAUGGUAGUUAUCUGAUCAGGUUCUGA